AUGGUGGAAUUAGGCGGAUACCUUGGCUAUUCUGCGAUUUUGUUUGGUAAAGAACUUUUACAGAACCCUGCCGCCCAUUUCUAUAGCCUGGAAGUCAAUUCUACCUUUGCUGGAAUGGCUUCCAAGUUGAUUGAUUUGACAGGACUUUCUCACAAAGUGACGAUCCUUGCCAGCUCUGCAUCAGAAUCGUUAAUUACAUUACAGAAAACGUUGCAAAAAGAAAUUCCAGGAUUACACGCAUUUGAUUUUGUUUUCAUCGACCACUGGAAAGAUUUGUACGUUCCCGACCUGCGAGUGAUGGAAUCUUUGAAUCUAAUCGCUCCAGGAACUGUCUUGGUGAGCGACAACAUCUACAAUCUAGGUGCUCCAAAAUAUGUCGAAUACAUUCAAGGUGCUCCCGACUCCAAGCGUGAGCACAACGCCAAGGUUCGCAAUGUUAAUGGGCACGACUUUGUUGGAAGAUGGGAUAUUGUGUACGACUCGAAAACCGUGCCCAAUGUGUUUAUUUUUGUAUGGGGUGGAUGA